UCUAGGCACAAACUAUCAACUCUUCUCCCCCCUCUUCCUUAUUUCUGCACAAACAAAGGCAAGCAUACGUUCAAUGGCUCAGAGAAGAGGCAGUGCCGGGCAAGCCAUAUCCCUUGGCCUGGCUAUACUUUCUCUAAUGCUUCUGCACAGCCAGCUCGCUGAAUCCGCUGUCUACACCGUCGGAGAUAAAAAUGGCUGGACCUUCAACACUGCAGCCUGGCCAAAUGCUAAGGGCAGCCGCUUUCGCGCCGGUGAUGUCCUUGUAUUUAAAUACAACCGGAUGUUGCACAACGUGGUGGCCGUGAACGCAGCAGGCUACAAUGGAUGCGCGGCUAAAGGUGGUAAGAUCUACAAAACUGGGAAUGAUCGGAUAGCUCUUGCAAGGGGUCCAAAUUACUUCAUCUGUAGCAUUCCCGGCCACUGCGAGGGAGGGAUGAAGCUGCUGGUCAAUGCAGCCUAAGUAAUUAUGCCUUAAGUAUUUCAUUUCCUUAAAAUAAGAGUACUUCUGAUAUAUAUCAAUAUUUACAUAUGCGAGUAAGAAUAUAAGUCAUGGUGCUGUAUGGUUGAUUCAGAG